AUGAUUUUUUUUACACAUUACCAGCUUGAAUCCGAACCGUAUAUGGAAAAUUCUGGUGUUGGUGCCAGAGUGGAAACAGAAAUUGAGUUGCGAAAUCAAAAAGAAAAGGAGGAACAACUGGAAAAAGAACGACAACAGCUGGCUGAAGAGAAGAAGUUGAAAGAAGCACAGAAGAAACAGCUGGCGGAUGCACGCAGAAAACUGCGCAGAGCUGCUGAGAAUAAGAAUUAUUGGGGUGCCGAGAUCAGUGCAAAGUUAGCGUGCUGUGAAGCGGUUGAACGUGCAUGCUUACGAUUUAACGCGGAACGCCUCCGAGAAAUCACUGCCAGAAUUGAAAGUGCUGAUAACAUUGCUGAGGCUUUGGAUGCUCUGAAGGUGGAUGAUGAAGUGCCAAAAAAUGUAAAAGCCAAAAAUGCUACCCCUGGGGAUGCGCCCGCUCAACCGAAUCGUUGGUCAUCUGAGGAGAUUUCUUUACUGGUUAAAGCUACCACAGUCUUUCCAGCAGGCACAGUCGAAAGAUGGACGAAAGUUGCAAAUUAUAUCAAUGAGCAUUGCGCGGAUAAAAAUGUGAAAAAAACCGAAAAGGACGUUGUGGUGCAGGCAAAGUUACUGAGGGAUGUGCAGGAUCAAAAACUGCGGGAAUGUGCCGUAAGUUCGGGGAAACGAAGUGAACUGGAGUGGACGGCAGAAGAGCAGAAAUUGCUGGAAGCAGCUUUGAGAAAAUACCCUCGCACUGAUUCGGCACGUUGGGACAAUAUCGCUAGCUUUGUUGGAAAAUCGAAAAAUGAUUGCAUUAAAAGGUUCAAAUAUCUCGCAGAACUGGUGAAAAAUAAAAAAGAACAGGCUGCCUGA